AUGUCCAAUCCAAACGACCCGCCCCUGGACGAGAUCCAAUGGCGCGCCCCCGACAUCGCGGCCUCGAUGCAGGGCAUCCACUCCAACAGCGUGCUCUUCUACUUUGCUGAGUCGCCCUUCUUUGACCGCCAGUCCAACAACGCCGUCAUCACGAACCAGGCCAUGUUUAACCCGGCCCUCCUCAAGAACCUCGCCACGCGCGAGGCGUUCGAGAGCGAGCUCGACAAGAUGGCCGGGCUCGAGUUCAGGGUCCUGCACGCGCCCGCCGACAUGGUCAUGGGCACGGGCGUGUGGACGAUUGUCAAGCAGACGAGGCAGAAGAACCUCGACCGCGGGCGCAUGGAGACGAAGCCCCUGGCGUAUUACUUUGUCGUUGGGGAGAAUAUCUAUCAGGCGCCGACGCUGGGCGAUCUUCUCAGCUCGAGGAUUGAAUCAAUUGCCGAAUCAAUGAGAAAAGUUCUCCCCGCAGCCGACAGCGUACGUAAAUGGACGCCCUCCCUGGGCCACGUCUACACCCAACCGACGCCACCCUCCGCCCUCUCCCGCGCGAAAGACGGAGGAGCGGCAGCAGCAGCAGCAGACACACCCGCCGCCGAAGGCGCAGCAAACGGCAGCAAGACCUCGACGGGCGCCAACAAGUCAAGCAACAGCAAAAAGGACUCGACGGCCAACGCGCUCGACAGGCUGGCGGAGGAGUCCUUUGCGAUCCACAUGCGCCACGGCGGCGACUACUUUGACGAGAACCCCAUCACGGGCAGGCCCGGCGACUUCCACUUCGCGAGCACGGGGCGCAAGGACAAGAUUGCACCGCCGCCGCCGCCGUCGCAGUCGCAGUCGUCGUCGCAGCAGGCUUCGCAGGCGCAGCCGAAGCCGGUGAUUAAUACCAAGCUGGCUGAGGAGGCCAAGAAGGAGGGGAAGGAGGGGAAGAGUCCCAAGACGCCCAACGGACCGAAGCCGAAGAGGAAGAAGAGCAAGAUUGCGACGCCGGCUACCACGCCUGGUCCGUCUUCGUGA